AUUCACACUGGAGAGAAACCAUAUGUAUGUAAGCAAUGUGGGAAAGCUUUUAAAACACAGGGAGAUUGUAAGAAUCAUGAAAGAAUUCACACUGGAGAGAAACCCUAUCUAUGUAAGGAAUGUGGGAAAGCUUUUACCAGACCUGGAUGUUGUAAGAAACAUGAAAGAAUUCACACUGGAGAGAAACCAUAUGUAUGUAAGCAAUGUGGGAAAGCUUUUAACACAUGGGGAUACUGUAAGCAACAUGAAAGAAUUCACACUGGAGAGAAACCCUACAUAUGUAAGCAAUGUGGGAAAGCUUUUAACACAUGUGCAAAUUGUAAGGUUCAUGAAAGAAUUCACACUGGAGAGAAACCUUAUGUAUGUAAGCAAUGUGGGAAAGCUUUUACCAGACCUGAUCGUUGUAAGGAACAUGAAAGAAUUCACACUGGAGAGAAUCUAUAUGCAUGUAAGCAAUGUGGGAAAGCUUUUAACACACGUGCACAUUAUAAGGUUCAUGAAAGAAUUCACACUGGAGAGAAACCCUAUGUAUGUAAGCAAUGUGGGAAAGCUUUUACCAGACCUGGACAUUGUAAGGAACAUGAAAGAAUUCACACCGGAGAGAAACCAUAUGUAUGUAAGCAAUGUGGGAAAGCUUUUAACACAAGUACACAUUGUAAGGUUCAUGAAAGAAUUCACACUGGAGAGAAACCAUAUGUGUGUAAGCAAUGUGGGAAAGCUUUUAAAACACAGGGAGAUUUGAGGGCACAUGAAAGAAUUCACACUGGAGAGAAACCAUAUGUAUGUAAGCAAUGUGGGAAAGCUUUUACCAGACCUGUAUAUUGUAAGGAACAUGAAAGAAUUCACACUGGAGAUAAACCAUAUGUAUGUAAGCAAUGUGGGAAAGCUUUUAACAUACGUGCAAGUUAUAAGGUUCAUGAAAGAAUUCACAAUGGAGAGAAACCAUAUGUAUGUAAGCAAUGUGGGAAAGCUUUUAAAACACAGGGAGAUUGUAAGAAUCAUGAAAGAAUUCACACUGGAGAGAAACCCUAUGUAUGUAAGCAAUGUGGGAAAGCUUUUAACACAUGUGCAAAUUGUAAGGUUCAUGAAAGAAUUCACACUGCAGAGAAACCUUAUGUAUGUAAGCAAUGUGGGAAAUCUUUUACCAGACCUGAUCGUUGUAAGGAACAUGAAAGAAUUCACACUGGAGAGAAACCCUAUGUAUGUAAGCAAUGUGGGAAAGCUUUUACCAGACCUGAUCGUUGUAAGGAACAUGAAAGAAUUCACACUGGAGAGAAACUAUAUGCAUGUAAGCAAUGUGGGAAAGCUUUUAACACACGUGCACAUUGUAAGGUUCAUGAAAGAAUUCACACUGGAGAGAAACCCUAUGUAUGUAAGCAAUGUGGGAAAGCUUUUAACACAAGUACAAAUUGUAAGGUUCAUGAAAGAAUUCACACUGGAGAGAAACCAUAUGUGUGUAAGCAAUGUGGGAAAUAUGGAUAG